ACACCUAUCUAAUAACUAUGAAUACUUAGCCGAAAGUUUGAAAAACCUAACGGACGGAAACGACAUUCUCUCUCCAACUGAGUUAGCAGUAAAGGAAUUAACCGAAGAGAAAUUUCAACUCCAAGCUCAAUUAAAACAGAAGCAAGAAGAAAUAGACCGUCUCAAGAAUUCCGACUCAGGCGAAUUACGAGAAACAAUUACUAACUUACAAAGCGAGCAAGCAGCAUUAGAACUUGCACUGGCGGAAGAGACAGCCAGCAAAACUCUGAUUGAGAAUAAAUUAACUACUGACACCGAAAUCCUUAAUCAACAAAAGCAGAAAUUAAACCAGCAAGAAAAUACUAUUUGA